UCAGUUGACAUUUGAGAAUUUUUAUUUCAAUGAUUUAGGUAGUAGGUACCUACCUAUCAUCAAAGAAUAUUAAUUUAUAGAAUAUCUCUCUCAUCUCAUAGUUCAUACAAACAAAGCAUAUAAAUUACAAAGUUUAAACAGUAAUUAGGUAUUAUGAAUUAAUAAUAGGUAUUAUUUGGAAGGGACUUUGGAAUACAGAAAUAAACAACGAUGGAAAAGUUACCGCAACAGCUGUAAUUCAUAAAGAGCUGAACAAGGAAAAUGCAAGUUUUCGCGAUGAAGGCUCGUGGACUUGUUCAAUUUUAUCAGAAACUCUUAAAACGAAGGCCCUAUUUAGUGCAAGCAAUUCAAACUGGCACUCUCAUGGCUACUGGAGACAUAAUAUCGCAGACAGUUAUUGAAAGAAAAUCAUUUAAAUAUAUAGAUUACGUCAGAACACUCAAAUUCUCAUCGAUAGGUUUUAUAAUUGGUGGACCAGCAUUAAGAGUUUGGUAUGGACUAUUGAACCACUAUAUUGGUUCAAGUGGAAAAAUGGUUGCAAUAAAAAAGGUGUUUGUUGACCAAGUAAUUUUUGCCCCAACAUUUCUCCUUUUAUUGUUGAGUGCUGUAGGUGCUUUACAAGGCAAAACAUGGGAUAAUUUAAAAAAAGAUAUAGAUUUAAACUACCUUGAUGUAUUGAAAACAAAUUAUUAUAUAUGGCCUUGGGUACAAUUAUUAAAUUUUUAUUAUGUACCCCUGCAGUAUCAGGUAUUGCUGGUGCAAAUGGUAGCUUUGUUUUGGAAUACAUAUUUAUCCUGGAAAACUAACAGGAAGACAUUACUGGAUUAGAUCACAGCUACAUUUACAUACUUAAAGUAUUUAAGAUGUAGAAUUAUAUUGAUUAUGUAUUAGUCCGUUAUGAUUGUUUCUCAUGAUUUGCUGUUGAAUAGUCAGAUCUAAACAUUACUGGUGAGAUAGAUGUAUACAUACUCAAGUAGUUCUGCCCUCUGCAACUUUAAAUCUGGUUGUAUGAUUAUUAACCCAUUUACACACAUAAUAGAGGUGCAAUUGUACUUUUAAGUUCCUGUUAGAAACAUGUACAUAGCUGUUGUACAUAUAUAGAUAUUGCGUCCUGUGCACCACAUGUAUGUAUAUGACUCCCAAGUGUAAUAUCCAUUAGUGGUGUUGUAUACAAAACAUUGUUUUAGCAGAGGACUCACGCAGUGUAGUCAGUAUGUUUAUACUUUUUCAUAUUAUAGCACAUAUUCCAAACUAGAUAGUAGUGUUUAAAUAUGCUAAACUAAUGUAUAAACCCUAAUUAUUUUAAGUAGGCUCCAGGAUUAAAAUGCUCUCUGUAUGGCAAUAUAUCUCCAAUAUGUGUGGUUGUAGUAAGUUAAACAACUCUUAGUAUAUUCAUUGCUAUUUGUAUGUUUUCAAAUAAAUAUUUAAAAACUUAA